AUGGAACUCGCCGCCGCCGCCUUGUCCGUGCUGCUGCUGGCCACGCUCGUAGCAGCGGCUCCGCCUGAGAAGUAUGACGCGCGCUACGAUCACAUGGACGUCGACGCCGUCCUUAGGAACCAGCGCAUCCUCGCCUCGUACAUCAAGUGCAUGCUGGAGACCGGCCCGUGCACUCCCGAGGGUAGAGACCUCCGAAAGCACAUGCCCGAGGCGCUGAGGACGAACUGCGACAAGUGCACGGACGCGCAGAAGAAGAUCGUGCGCAAACUGUCGCUGCAUGUUCGGGAGCACCAGCCCGUCCAGUGGGACCUGCUCAGCAAGAAGUACGACCCGGAGCACCGGUACCACGACAGCUUCGAGAAGUUCCUCGAUGCCGCUGCUUAGCAGCGAGUUCUGCUCGCUACAACUCUGCAUCGCACUGCCAUUCCCGCUGCACACUGCACACAUCUGACCCAUGUUUGCAUGUACCUGUUACUAGUGGCACACCUGGCUUUACGCUGGCACAUUCUCUCCUUUCUCUCUUGUCGUCCUUUCCAUUGCUCAGCAUUUUAUGCAACAAGAAUCUCUACAAAACUGCCCCAUGUAAACUUCUCCACCGCCCGCUGCACAUCUUACUUUGUCUCUUACUUCCAGCGCAAAAUCAACAUCUGCUGCUUCACACGAACUGUUAUACAGUUCGCCGGCCGGGGUGGCAGAGCGGUUCUAGGCGCUAAAGUCUGGAACCGCGGGACCGCUACGGUCGCAGGUUCGAAUCCUGCCUCGGGCAUGGAUGUGUGUGAUGUCCUUAGGUUAGUUAGGUUUAAGUAGUUAUAGGUUCUAGGGGACUGAUGACCACAGCAGUUAAGUCCCAUAGUGCUCAGAGCCAUUUGAACCAUUUGUUAUACAGUUCAGUUGCAGCCCUUCAACAUAGAUGUGUUCUGCACUAAUCCAGAUUCAAGAAUUAUACGUCACCUGGCGGCUAAUUUUAUUGGUUCCAAGAUAUAUUCACUUCAAUUGCGGAUCAUAUACUAUCAGUACCCAAAGAUUCAACAAGUUAACUAUUCAUUUUUUUAUCAUGAAAUAACACGCCAAUUUGUCCUCUGUCUGUGCGUAAACCAUUCUGCAUAUUUUCAUUUUUUCGCUUACGUAAUCACUA